AUGAAGAGAAUACGGAAUCAUCAGCUGCUAAUUAGCUUGUUGAUUUUUUACAUAAUACACUCAUAUACAGUCAUAUUUUGCAUAUCUGCUGAUUCAGUGAUUUGCAAACUUAAAUCUCUUCAAUAUCUAGAUCUAUCCAACAACUACUUUCAUGGGCCGAUCCCACUAUGUUUGGGGAAUUUAAGUAGUUUAGUUAUGCUUAAUUUGCAGAAGAAUAAUUUCAGCGGGGAAAUUCCUCAAACCUUUAAUGGGGGCAGUUUGCGAACUCUAGAUCUCAGCUACAACAAAUUGCAAGGACGUUUUCCAAUCUCAUUCUCCACCUGUAAAGAUCUAGAGGUACUGAACGUUGGUCACAAUUCCAUAGCUGAUGUCUUCCCUCAAUGGUUGGAGUUUCUCCCCAAGUUGAUUGUUCUGGUGUUGCGAAACAACAAGUUCUACGGACCAAUUCCACCCUCCACCAACGCCUCUUCCUUCUCCGAACUUCACAUCAUCGACCUCUCUCAAAACAAUUUUACAGGUACCUUGCCCUCCAAAAACUUUGAGAAUUGGCACUCAAUGGGCAAGCCUGAGAAUAAUUUAUCGUACUCGACGGGAAGCCCUUACUACUCCGACUCUAUGAUCAUAAUAAACAAAGGGGUAGAAAUGGAGCUAAAAAGAAUUCUGAUUGUUUUCAAGGCAGUUGAUUUCUCCCAAAACAAUUUUCAUGGAGAGAUCCCCAUGUCCAUCGGGAGGUUUAGAGCACUUCGCGUCCUUAAUCUGUCUCGAAAUGCUCUCACGGGUGUGAUUCCCCCAUCUUUGGCCGAUCUAAGGGACCUGGAAUCCUUAGAUUUGUCACAUAAUCAGUUAUCCGGAAAGAUCCCUAAUGAACUCACUAGAUUGACAUUUCUUGGAGCUUUGGACUUGUCCUUCAACAAGUUGACUGGUAAGAUACCCAAAGGAGGACAGUUUGAAACAUUUCCAAAUGCAUUCAUCGGAAAUCCGGGUUUGGUUACGUCUCCACCGGGAAAAAAUGAAAAACCAACACCAUCUAGUAAAUCCAGAUUGAGUAGUCUUAAAUUCAGAGUAUUCAAAGCUAAUGGAUACGGCUGGGAAGAUGUAUUGGUGGGAUAUGGAUGCGGACUGGUUCUAGGUUUGGUGGGUGGAUGUUACUUAAUUUGGAUGAAAGAAGAACAUAUUUGGACAGCUUUCAAUAUUAAAGGGCAUGCACAGAGGAAGUCAAGGAAGGCCAAAACGCAUCCUUAUGGGAAGCAAAAAUAA